UGUAAGGAAAGCAGUUUCUUCAGCGGUCUCUUCCAAAGGCUGCUGCUUGGUCCGAAAUGGGGAAAUAAUGAGCCCACAGCUAUAGCUUUUCCUUCGCUCUACCUCACGGCAUCUUUGCAGCUCCAUGAAAUCCUGAUUUCAUCUCAUUUAAACGGCAAAGAGUCCAGCAUCUGCAGGCUGUGUGUUUUUUUUUUCCUGGAGUACAGUAACUGCUUAGGGACAACGUGCACACUAACAAAUAAGCACUUUUGUGCUGAUGUGAAGGCCUGUGGGGCCCAGGCGAAGAAGAAGGUCUCCCACGUUGCCUCUGAAAGAAGAGAGUUUUACAGGUACACAUGGGGCACGGAGAGACGUCUACGAGGAGCACGGCCAUGGAGGGCGACUGCUUCAGCUGCGUCAAGUAUCUCAUGUUCGUCUUCAACUUCUUCCUCUUCCUGGGUGGCUGUUUCCUGCUGGGAGUGGGAAGCUGGGUGCUGGUGGACCCCAGGGGCAUGAGGGAGAUCAUGGCUGCCAACCCGCUGCUCUUCUCCGGCGUCUAUGCGCUGUUGGCCAUGGGCGGCCUGCUCUUCCUGCUGGGCUUCCUGGGCUGCUGCGGCGCCCUCCGUGAGAAUAAGUGCCUGCUGCUCUCUUUCUUCGUGCUCAUCCUCUUCAUAUUCCUGGCAGAGCUGGCUGCCGCCAUAUUGGCCUUCAUUUUCCGGGAACAUCUGACACGAGAACACUUUACGAAGCAGCUGAAGAGGCACUACCAGGGCUACAACACCUCAGACGUCUUCACAUCCACCUGGAACGCCAUCAUGACCACAUUUGACUGCUGUGGGGUAAACAGCCCUGACGAUUUUGAGGACAGCCUCUUCAGACACAUCAACCCCGGUGACAUGGUGCCUGAGGCUUGUUGCCAGAGGAACAGUAAACCUGGCGAUGUGGCCUACAUCAGUAAGGAGGAGUGUCUCAUGGGCAGCAUGCUCUUUCGCAAUAACAAGGGCUGUUACUCAGCAGGAGUAGACUACUUUGAGAUGUACAUCUACCUGGCUGGUGCACUGGCCAUCGUGGUGUUGACUAUUGAACUCUUCGCCAUGGUGUUUGCGAUGUGUCUGUUCAGAGGAAUCCCAUAGACCUGGCAGCCUGUACUGGAGGAUGUUCCUAAAGGGAAAUGGCUUGUGAAAUUAAGAGACGUCAUAUUCUUCCUCUUUUUAUACUGCCAAAUUGGUGACGCUGUAAUGACUCGUACUUCAUGGCGGGACAUUUGGGGUACUGAGUUCACUGUAAGAACAAUAAAUAUGGAAAUUCUGGAAAAUGUAAAGUGAGAGAGAACUUGAAGCUGGCUGCUGCUGCGUUUCUGAGCUGGAGGGGGCAGAGCCGCUGCACUGACAUCCAGAAGGAGAGUAUUCAUGCUGAGGGGCGCUGCCUGUGCCGCUGUGCUCUCUGUAAGUGUCCCUGUAAACCCUGUAACCUGUUUGGGCCCCUGCACUCACUCACAUUAGACCUUUUGCUAGUUUCAUACUGUUCUAAGCUUUUCCUCUGUGUACAUACCAGUGUGUCCGUACGUGUGUGUGUGUGUGUUUGAGACAGAGAGUGUUCCAAAAUUUUUUGGUGUAUUUUUAAAAAAUAUUGUGACAUGUUCGUCAUAGAAAUUACAUGUGAUUGUUAUUGACCUUUAUCAGUUUUCAGUUGUAUUAGAAUUGUUUUUAAAAUUAAAAUAUUUUACAAAGAUGCUUUUUCCUAUGAUGGUGUCACAAUGACUGUUUAAAAGCUACCUGCACACUUUUUUUUUCAUUUCUGGUUUGUGUCUGUAUCCUGUACUCUGUGUCCUUUAUUAAAGACUGCAAACUGCA